AUGUAUGUCAUAAUUUCCCCUGAUGCACCUUUGACCAGCAUUGAACAGAUCGGGCGGACGGCCCCCACGACCGCGUCGGGGCUCGUCGCGCCCACUGCCACUGUGGGCGUACCUCCGGCAUGGUCUAUGCCGCAAUCCGCGGGCGCCGCCAGCAACGCGGCGGGCGUGGGUCAAGUUUCCUGCGAGGAGAAAAACGACAACCCCGGGUCCGUGGCGAUAUGCUACGCCGGGCUGUGGUACGUCGGUGGAAACCAAUUUACCGAGGGCGACACCUCGUCCGAGACCGUCGACUACUCAAUCCUGGCCAUAGCAGUGUCCAUGUACUUGCUCUUGUCGAUAGCGGUGGCGGACCUGUGCGGAGGCUCUGCGCUCGUCGUGGAAGGACGCGGCUCCGGCGAUGACUUUGUGUGGUUUACGGGACGGAGGCUGUUCGGCGUGUUCCUGGUGGUGACGUUUCUCACGUUAAUCGGGGCCUCCGUGCGGGUGCUGUUUUUCUCGUCCCAGGACAACGUGACCCUUGUUAUCGGGGCCGCCGCCGUCCUGUUCAUCGCCGACGUGGACGAGAAGGCCCACACCGUGCUCAAGAACUUUUCCGGAAAAUCGCGGCUGUGCUGGGUGCUUGAGAUCAUUGGUAUGAGCUUCGUUCUAGCGACCUUUUCCUUGAAAGCGACCGACAACUAUGGCCGAGUUGCUGGCAAAGACGCAUACAAAUCCGAUUGCGCGGGAUGGGGGAACGACUGCGGCAUUUUCACCUGGCAGUAUAUUUUUUUUGAGCUGCCUUUGACCGUGACGGUUUCGCGACCGACCUUGGCAAUGGAGCAUGUUUUGUUGUUGGCGCUAUGCUGGGUGUCAAUGCCCUACUUUUUUCGUUGGAUAAUACUCCUUGCGGUGGCUAUUGUCUUGUUCGUGGUGGUUGUGGCGGUGGUCAUCGCGCGCCGCUCGUUUCGAGAAUUGUAUCGGGCUUUCACCCAAGGAGCCGAACGGUUUACCGCAACUGACAAGCGCCGGCGGUUCUACCUUUUUUGGGCCGGAAUUGUAGUCCAGUUGCUGCGGGUAGCCCUCACCGCCAUGUAUUUCUCAUUGUCCGACAAUGACCAACUCGUAUUUUCCGAAAGCAUUUUCUCUGCUGAAGACGCCAUUUCUUUUCUCGACGCGCUUGUGCAUCUGGCUAUUUUCUCGUGGUGGAUUUGUGGAAUGGGAAUCAGCGAGGGCCCGUCGAGGGAUAUCGCCAUUGACCCCCCUCUGCAACCAAUGCUGUUGGGUUGGGGACUCUAUUACGGAGUAUUGAUCGUGCUGACCUUAGUGUUCGAAUGGAUUCGAGGGCCCUCCGACUUCGCUGACGCUAUGGUAUAUAUUGCCGAAUGGUCGGUCCGCCAUUGUUGGAAUAUUAUGAUAGGGACAUGGGUGUGGAGAGCGGAGGGAAAAAAAGACGUGGCGUACUGGAUAGCGGCUUCGGGACUUGUUUUCACGAUGGGCCUUUGUGUGGCAGCCUGGGUUGACGCGUGGAAAGAGUCUGUAUUGACGUGA